GCCUGCUGUUCAGUUCAAUCCCCACCGCGCGACACUCGGUCCCAUUUCGGUGGCCUCGGCGCGCAGGGUCUCAUGGCCGCCUCAGCGCUCGUCCCAGCCGCGACGAGCUUCCUCGCGGAUGUCGGGCAGCUUCUCAACGUCGUGCAAGGGGGAAGUGUGAGCGGAGACCUCGUGCCCGUCGAAGUCUCCCUCGGACAGCCAGAGACUCUGCUUCCCAUGGCGCUGGCCACCACGAUGGCCUUCUUCUACCUCCAGGCCAUCGAGGCCGUGGGCAGCGCGGCGGCGGCCGCGCUCCGAGUUGGCAGCGACCUGGACCCGCGGAGGCGGCCGAGGAAGCGCGAGAGGUUCUGCACCGCGUGGGGCGAGGCGGUGUAUUUUGCGGUCCAGAUCUUCGUGAACUACCGCCUUUUCAGCGGCGCCAGCUGGUUCUGGCCCUCCGGCUGGGAGGCCCUGAUGGCGGACGCUGGCACGGCAGUGCCCACGGGUGGCGCGGCGGCGCCGCCGUACCACUGCGCCCGCGAGAUGCGGACCUAUUACGUGCUCGAGUUCGGUUGGUACUCGAUGUGCCUGGUUGUGCUCUUCUUCAAGAGGCGCAGGUCUGACUUUCUCGAGAUGCUCGCGCACCACGUCAUCACCUCAGUGCUGAUAUUUACGUCCUAUUCCUGCGGCUACCUUCGCAUCGGCAUCGUCGUGAUGAACCUGCACAACCUGUUUGACCCGUUCCUGAACGUUGCGAAGUGCUGCCACUACGCCUUCAAGGGCCCGCUGCACGCCCUCGCCGACGUCAGUUUCGGGCUCGGCGCGGUGGUGUUCCUGGCCUCCAGGUUGGUCUUGUACCCAGUCGUGAUCUAUCACGCUUGGUUCUACACCAUUGCAUUUCCCGGGGCGGACCCCAUCUGGGAUGCCACUGUCGAUCAAUGGGCCUGCAAGAUGCUGCUGUGCAUGCUCUAUCCUAUCCAUCGCGGGUUCACCUGUUCUGGUUCUUCCUCAUCCUCAAGGUUGCGAAGAAGGCUCUCGUGGGCGGCACCGUGCAGAACGAUGAGCGUUCCGACAGCGAGAGCGAGGACGAGGAGCCGGACGCCAGCACGGGCAAGCAAGCGGGACAGGGCGAGUGCGCAAGCAAGAAGAAGAAGUAGACAUCGAUCUCUCUCGAAGGCCUCCUUCUCGGGCUGCCUCCCACUUCUGUUACUCCAUCAUCCGCCGUAG